AGAAAUUAUGCAAAAAAAAGAAGAGAAAGAAGUGCAGUUUUCCUUUAAAAGCUGUUGUUGGCCAACCGCUGAUAAGCUGAGCAAGAAGGCGAGUACAUUUUCUCCCAACCAAGUGGUGGCGGUAAUGCACCUCUAAGCUAGUUUGCAAACCGUCAACAAUAACACGAAGAAUGAAGCCGUGUCCACAACUGAUGACGUUUGUUUCGUUCCCUGACCUUGCAUAAGUUCAGAGUUGUUAUUAAAAGUAUAGAUAUCAGAACGUUAUCGGUGGACGCUCAUCAGUCUGCCAGCUUUGUUUGUACUGCGAUUGGACGUAAAGUAGCCUGUGACUUUUCGCCAUUCGUCGGUAAACGUUGAUACCUAACGGAAAAUUGCAAGGAACUGGAGGAUGUCUACAGCCUAUGCCAGGGCAGCUGAUAAGAGAGGAGAACGAGAUGAUGUAGCUUCAACAGAGCAACAGGUGCUGUACAGCCGAACCAGGCUGGCUGCAUAUCUCCCUGGGCUUCAGGCUCUGGUGCAUCAUAUUGCCAGUACCAAGGGCUUAUCUAUUACUGGAUCCCAUAGCUCGGAUGUUCGCCAUGUAGCAACAGCCCCUUCCAUAAGUGAACCGCUUACAUUGUGGCUGGAUGAGACCGUGGUGCCGUCUGGUGUCAAACACCAGGUCUCCCUUCUGCCGGGUAAUGUAGGCUUUGACUGUAAUCUGGAAAAGGUUUCAGAACACAAGAUGAGACUCGCAAAAAAGAUGGUCCCCGAUCUUCUGCCUGCCUCACCAAACAGUGAAGGAUGUUUAUCCAGGCUGCCUAUGAAUGAGUUCUUUAAAGAAGAUGACCCAGCAAUCAAUCAGAAUGCCAAUCGAGCAAAUGUAGCCAAGUCAUCUGUGGAGUGUGUCAUACAGCCAUGCCCUGAUCAACUAAAGCAAGAUCUCCAAUGCCUAUUUCCUGAGGCUCCAAGCUGUCAUGUGACAGUGGUCACAGUGACCCAAAAGACGCAGAAUGAUAUGACAGCAUGGUCCACUGCUGUGGAGGAAGAGAGAGAGCAGAUGCUUGGCAAGUUUGUAGAUGGAGCGAAGGACAUCUGCCUCAUCCUGCAGAGAGAGGGAUUCUGGGCUGACUUCAUCGAGCCUACCUCAGGCUUGGCGUUCUUUGGAUCUUACACGAACAACACAUUCUUCGAGACAGAUGAUAGGUACCGUCUUCUGGGUUUCCAGAUUGAAGAUCUUGGUUGCUGUAGAGUUAUUCGACAUCCUUUGUGGGGGACACAUGCCUUUGUGGGGACAAUAUUUACCAAUGCACCACCCAGCAGUUUAUCAUGAAAAAAUGCAGGACACGUGGACACUGUCAUAAUCAUAGUUUGGUUUAUUCUGAACAUGCUUAAUAAAUGUAAAGGAACAUAAUAAGCAGGCACAGAUCUGAGCUUGCCAUUAAAAUGUUGUACAUAAAACGUAUCUUCCAUUUUUGCAGGAUUUUUGGAUAAACUUGAUGCAAUUCUUUGAAAAAAAAUACCACAGGUGAAAUCCCUACUGUUAAUAAAUUCUUUCCCAUC